UCCGUCCUCGUUAGCAGACGACGCGCGCGAUCGUCCUCCGUUGUUUCUGCGGCCUGCCUUCUCGCUCGUCUGCAGCGCGAGCGCUCUAGACAGCCGCCGAUUUUUGUCAGGCGGCGAAGGCGGGCUGUCCCGCAAAGGAAACAAAAGAGAUUAGUGAGUUAUCGAGCGGCGAAUGCGUUGCGCUAUCUCAGUUUAGUUCCUCCUCGCGCAAUUGUGUUUUUGGGGAGGAGGCGCGCGGAGGUUCUGCGAACCUCGUUCUAGAAUCAGUUCGUCUUGUAUCCGUUUGCGAGUGCAAUUAUCCGUCUUCGCUGUGCGGACUUUUUUUUUUAAACAGAAGCGUUCGUCCGUUUCGUUUGUUUGCACCGUCCGCUAUGAGCUGCUCGACCUAUUAGGGGCCCGGACUUGAAGAGUAACCUUUCAGCCACCGCCUACUUCUGAGACAGCAAGUGGUUUCUGUCGCAACGCCGGCCCCCCGCAUCGGGGUUCUCGUCAAAACGUCGCCCUCUGGACAGUUCCAGAACCCCAGGACUCAUGGCUGUGGACUUUGCGGCAGGAUGCUUAGGAGGGUGUGCUGGUGUUAUAGUUGGACAUCCUUUCGACACCAUAAAGGUCCGCUUACAGACCCAAGAUGGUUUAUCUCAUAGGUACAAAGGAAGCAUCGAUUGCUUCAAGAGUUUACUGAGAACAGAGAAGGUGGCGGGCCUCUACCGAGGAAUGUCGUCGCCGAUGGCUGGCGUGGCACUGGUGAACGCUGUGGUGUUCGGCGUGUACGGCUACUCCCAGAAGCGCCUCGGUAACGAUAUCUGGGCACACGGAGCCUCCGGUGCCCUGGCCGGUGCCGUGCAGAGCAUCAUCAGCAGUCCGAUAGAGUUGGCCAAGACGAGGUUACAAAUCCAAGGCGAGAGCGGCGGCCGCGCACUGUACAAGGGCCCCGUGGACUGCCUGCGGCAGUUGCUCAGGACGGAGGGCUUGCGCGGCGCCUUCCGAGGCCUCGGCUCGACCGUGCUCCGAGACGCGCCGGGAUUCGGCGUCUACUUCGCCAGCUACGAGCAGAUGGUGCGCGCAGGCGCCAGCGGACCCGCCAGCUUGAUGGCCGCCGGCGGGCUCGCGGGCGUCUUCUCCUGGAUGGCCUGCUACCCGAUGGACGUGCUCAAGUCCAGGCUCCAGGUGGACGGCAUGAGAGGACCGCGGAGGUACAAAGGUCUCUUGGACUGCGCCGUUCAAAGCUACCGCCAGGAAGGUCUGGCCGUCUUUACCCGCGGCCUCAACUCCACCCUCCUGCGAGCAUUCCCCACCAAUGCCGCCAUAUUCACCGUGGUGACGUGGGUGAUCCGGCUGUGCGACCCGGAUGCUAGGCCGACCAAGGAGCCCGUCACGCAUCUGGCCAUGACGCAGCACCAUCAUCACUUUCACCCUCAGCACCACCACGUCAUGCACUUUGACCCUGAGCUUUACGUCAGCAGAGUCCUGGCCAUGGCGUGGGACGAUAUACACUUUCAUUUUUGAGCUUUUGCGUAUGAUUUAACCUGUGAUGUCUUUUGUCGCAUUGAGAGUGUUAGGCCGGAAUAAUGUUGCGAUUCUAUUCCAACGGCUAUUCCUUUUCUCGCUUCGUCAAUGGACUGUGUGAUGCUAUGCCAGCGUUAUCACUGCAAUCGUAUGUUCGUGAACGGGGUAUGAUAGUAAAGGAAUACCGCAGAGCGAAAAAAAUCCCUGCAUUAUACCGGCCCUAUAUAAUAUUUUACCAUGUGAUUAAACCCUGCCUUGUACAGACCAGUUGUAUGCCACUUUACCUUGGCGGGCUAUGCCUCGCAUUCUUUUUCAACAGAUCUGUACAGUUGUAGAGGUGCAAUAAAGUAAAAAAAUGUU